GCCGAGUUGAUCGAACGCAAUGCUGGUUUAUGGUGAGUGAGAGAGCCUGUUGGAUGCUGUGGGUCUGACAUGGAGGUCUGCAGGCUGCUGGGAGCAGGACUGAGAGGUUACAGUUCCAAGGAUGGUCUUCCCGUUUUAAGAUGAGCCGCAUCUGCUUAGUAAAACGUGCAUCUUUAAGUGGAUUGGAUAAAAGAAUAGAGUUCCAGUCUGCCUUUGGCAUAGCCGCUACCUAAUGACGGAGUGACCGAGCCGAAAGUGCUUGGAAGCAAAGGCUGGACUUUGAAGCCCUACGUCUCCCCCGCCUGCACCUCCUCCUCCUUCUGUCCUCUCCUUCAGUCAGGAGACAUCCUAUAGACUGAGCCUGACAUUACCUGGAACUAGUGCCUGGGAUACUCUUUCUCCGUUCUGCCUUACACGGUGACACUUGGAGUGCUCGAACUUGGUUUAGAAGCCCUUGGACAGAUUAUAGGAUGUUGCCGGCAGUAAUUCUGGAUUUUCCCACAUGACAGACCUUGAAAACACAACUCCACAGGAUUCUGCAUUCACAUCAUGCACCUCUCCUUCCGCAGCAAGGCUAAAUUACUGGCCGUCUCCUUGAUGCUGUUGUCUACUGUGACUUGGCUGUACUUAGGUGUUGGUGACGCAGAGUACGGACAACCUACAAAGCUCAAAGCUCCGCGUGAUUCUCCCAAAUCCUAUUCUCAGCAGGAGCUGGAGGCGCGUCUUCAGGUAGCUGAGGAGGACAAUAGGAAGCUGCGACUCCAAUUAGCCGAUUUACGGAGCGAGGACUUGGAAGAUGGAAAAGGAUUGGCAAGAGACAACAGCAGCCAUUGUGAGCAGAGGAGUUUGGCACAGAAGUGUGAGCUGAUCCACGUCGCAAUAGUCUGUGCUGGCCAUAACAGCAGCAGAGAUGUGAUAACUUUGGUGAAAUCCAUACUCUUUCACAGGAGAAACCCAAUACAUCUUCAUCUGAUCACGGACUCUGUGGCUCUCAACAUUCUGGGAAACCUGUUCAGAACGUGGAAGGUUCCAUCGCUGCAGAUUAGCUUCUAUAACGCCAGUGAACUUAAACCGGAGGUUUCAUGGAUCCCCAACAAACACUAUUCAGGGAUUUUUGGGUUAAUGAAGUUGACCUUGACUAAAGCGUUGCCAUCCGACCUCUCAAAGGUCAUCGUGCUGGACACUGACAUCACCUUUGCUACUGACAUUGCAGAGUUAUGGGCCAUCUUCAGAAAAUUCACUGGUCAGCAAGUUUUGGGUCUGGUGGAAAAUCAGAGUGACUGGUACUUGGGCAACCUCUGGAAGAACCACAAGCCAUGGCCAGCUCUUGGUCGCGGAUUCAAUACCGGGGUCAUCCUCUUGCUUUUAGACAAGCUGCGUAUGAUUGGCUGGGAGGAGUUGUGGCGUGUAACUGCUGAGCGAGAACUAAUGAACAUGUUGAGCACUUCUCUGGCUGAUCAGGACAUCUUUAAUGCGGUUAUUAAGAGUUCCCCUACCCUUGUGUACCAGCUGCCUUGUUACUGGAAUGUACAGCUGUCUGAUCACACGCGUUCUGAGCAGUGUUACAGCGAAUUGGCCGAUCUCAAGGUAAUUCACUGGAAUUCUCCCCACAAGCUCCGGGUCAAAAAUAAACACGUAGAACUGUUUCGGACCCUUUAUCUCACCUUCUUAGAGUAUGACGGUAGCCUCCUGCGAAGGGAGCUAAUUGGCUGUCCGACUGACGGAGAACAAGAAGACAAUCAGGAGGCAGAGCUGGCGUUACUAGAUGAGGAGGACCCAUGCUAUGACUUCCGCCGGGAACGCUUAGCAUCACACCGCGUUCACCUCUCUUUCCUCCCUCAUUAUACAGCGUCUACUGACCCGAAUGAUGUUACCUUGGUGGCACAGCUGUCCAUGGACAGAUUGCAGAUGUUGGAGUUAAUUUGCCGGCACUGGGAAGGACCAAUGAGUUUGGCCCUGUACCUUUCUGAUGCAGAGGCACAACAGUUCUUGCGGUAUGCUCAGUCCUCUGAGGUCCUUCAGUCUCGGACUAACAUUGGAUAUCAUGUAGUCUACAAAGAGGGGCAACUGUAUCCCGUCAACCUUCUCAGGAAUGUAGCCCUGCGCAACGCACAGACACCAUAUGUCUUUUUGUCUGACAUCGAUUUUCUGCCCAUGUAUGGACUGUAUGAGAACAUAAGGAAGUCUGUAGUCGAGCAGGACAUGGUGAACUCACUGAAAGCCCUUAUAAUUCCUGCGUUUGAAACUCUACGUUAUCGCCUGGCCUUUCCAAAAUCCAAAGCAGAGCUGUUGUCCAUGCUGGAUAUGGGGGCCCUCUACACAUUCAGAUACCAUGUGUGGGAGGUAGGCCAUGCUCCAACCAACUUUGCCAAGUGGAGAACAGCAACUACCCCAUACCACGUAGACUGGGCACCAAACUUUGAACCAUAUAUAGUUGUCAGACGGGACUGUCCAGAAUAUGACCAGCGAUUUCUAGGCUUUGGCUGGAACAAAGUAUCUCAUAUUAUGGAACUAGAUGCAAAGGAGUAUGAAAUGGUGGUUUUGCCCAAUGCCUUCAUCAUCCAUAUGCCCCACGCCCCCAGCUUUGAUAUUUCAAAGUUUCGAUCAAGUGAAAACUACCGUCUGUGUGUCCAGACCUUGAAAGAAGAGUUUCACCAGGACCUGUCCAGACGUUAUGGGUCUAGAGCGCUCAAAUAUCUUGCAGCACAACAAAACCAAUGACCUGGAGUAAGAAGUGUGUCCUUGUAAACUAACACAGGUGGAGGAUAAAUGGGUUUCUGCCUUAUUGUCAAAUCGGAUCCAUGAAACCCUACCACUGUGGGUAGAAGAUGCAUAGAAAAACUGACAAGUUCUCAAAUGAGUAUUGUUGCAACGUGAUAAAACCUGGACGAGAUAUUCUCCUUUUUAAAUGAGUAAAAAGAACUCAAUGGUGAGGCCAAAUAUUUCAGGCAGAGCUUCCAGUCUUCUGAGAAGACCAUUUGACAAUCAAUGUAAUUUUACAAACUUUGAAGGCUAUUAACCUUCAGCCUGAACAUUAGUCAGAAAUCACUGUAUUAAUUUUUUUUUUUUUUUUAAAUGACUUGUUUAUCCUCGUUCUAUAUUUAAAUUAUUUAAAUCCAAUGUCAAGUCAUAUAGCACUGGAGCUAGGACAGGAUUCCUGCUUGAUUCUAAAUAUAUUUUUUAAAAAUGCAUUUCUUACAAUAAAAUGCCACUCUUUUAUAA